AUGACUAUGUUUGAGAAUGUCACCCGGUCUCUAGCUAGACAGCUGAACCCUCGAGGGGAUCUGACACCCCUAGACAGCCUCAUUGACUUCAAACGCUUCCAUCCCUUCUGCCUGGUGCUGAGGAAGAGGAAGAGCACACUAUUCUGGGGAGCCCGCUAUGUCCGCACCGACUACACUCUCCUGGAUGUGCUGGAGCCUGGCAGCUCCCCCUCAGAUCCAACAGACAGUGGGAGCUUUGGCUUUAAGAAUAUGCUGGAUGCCCGAGUAGAGGGGGAUGUGGACGUGCCAAAGACAGUGAAGGUAAAGGGGACUGCGGGCCUGUCGAGAAGCAGCACACUGGAGGUGCAGACACUCAGCGUGGCUCCCAAGGCUCUGGAGAACCUGCACAAGGAGAGGAAACUGUCAGCAGACCACCCAUUCCUGAAGGAGAUGUGGGAACGCGGGGAGAACCUGUAUGUGGUGAUGGAGGUGGUGGAAACCGUGCAGGAGGUCACUCUGGAGCGAGCUGGCAAGGCAGAGGGCUGCUUCUCUCUCCCUUUCUUUGCCCCACUGGGACUACAGGGCUCCGUGAACCACAAGGAGGCUGUAACCAUCCCCAAGGGCUGUGUCCUGGCCUAUCGAGUGAGACAACUGAUGGUCAAUGGGAAAGAUGAGUGGGACAUUCCACACGUUUGCAAUGACAGCAUGCAAACCUUCCCUCCAGGAGGAAAGCCAGGAGAAGGGAAGUUCAUACUGAUCCAGGCAUCUGAUGUGGGGGAGAUGCACGAAGACUUCAAGACAUUAAAAGAAGAGGUUCAGCGAGAGACUCAAGAAGUGGAGAAGCUGAGUCCAGUGGGGCGAAGCUCCCUACUCACUUCUCUCAGACAUCUCCUAGGAAAGAAGAAAGAGCUCCAGGACCUUGAGCAGACGCUUGAAGGGGCUCUAGACAAGGGACACGAGGUGACCCUGGAAGCACUUCCCAAAGAUGUUCUGCUGUCAAAGGACGCUAUGGAUGCCAUCCUCUACUUCCUUGGGGCUCUGACAGUGCUAAGUGAAGCCCAACAGAAGCUUCUAGUAAAAUCCUUGGAGAAAAAGAUCCUACCAGUGCAGCUGAAGCUGGUCGAAAGCACCAUGGAGCAGAACUUCCUGCAAGAUAAAGAGGGUGUUUUCCCCCUGCGGCCUGAUCUGCUCUCCUCCCUGGGAGAGGAGGAACUGACCCUAACGGAAGCACUGGUUGGGCUAAGUGGCCUGGAAGUCCAGAGAUCAGGCCCCCAGUACACGUGGGAUCCAGACACUCUCCCCCACCUGUGCGCCCUCUACGCUGGUCUCUCCCUCCUUCAGCUGCUAAGCAAGGAUUCCUAA